AUGAAUUAUUUUCUAGGAGAUAGUGAUAAAGACUUUCUAAACACAAAAUAUUAUUAUGGAAAAUUAAAUACGGGAUGGGAUGGUUGUCAAUUUUAUGGGUUCUAUGAGGAAGCAAAAAAUAUAUUAGAUAAAAAUAAGGUACUUGAGAAUGAUUCCGAUAAAAUUCUAAGAGCUUUAUGUUAUAUAUAUAAAAAUAGAUCGUCAGGUAGCUUGGACAGUGAUAAAUGUAACUUCUUGUACUUUUGGUUAGGCAAUAUAUUAUUGGAGAAAUUACUUACGAAUGAUUUGUUUCAUGAAGUUAUUCUUGCUCUUUUCAAUACCUUAGUAAAUGUUAAUCAGCACAAGUUAUGUACAGCUCCUCAUGAUUAUAUGUAUAAGGAUGAUUUUAAAGAUAUUAAAACAAUAUUUGAUUGUUCAGAGGAUUAUAAAAGCUAUAAAGAAAAACAUAUUUAUCCUAGAAUGUCCUGUAAUAAUAAUUAUAAGUCUUAUUUAGAUACAAAUAUCAAUAUUUAUAACAAGUUCUACGGUGAAUGCGAGAUAGAAAAAAAGGAAAAGGAGUAUUGUAAAGCAUUUAGAAAAUAUUUUCCUGACAAUAAGCCAAAUCUUUUAUCAGAAAUUAAUUGUUUCUUAAAAUUAAAUGAACGAGGAUCUGAGAAAUUUGCAGAUGGUCCUGAGAGUGAAUUGGUGCAAUUACAAGAAGAAAAAAGUAAUCGAGUAUCCCCACAAGAAGAAAAAUUAGCAGUAGGGCUCGGAAGCGGAGUUCAAUCGCAUGCACUUCCUCUUGAAUCAUCAGUUACUGAACCAGAAGCAGGUGGUUUUCAAAUUUUAGGUUCUUUGGAUCAUUCUGAACGUACUACCCCUUCUAUAACAUCUAAAAGUAUUACUGGUGCUGUCUCAGUUGCUGCAGCUUUAGUUCCUUCAUAUCUACUGUACAAUUAUACUCCCGCUGGAAACUUGAUAAACAAAUUAUUAGGAAGAACAACAAGGAUGAAUCAUAAUCCACUAACGGAUGCACAAUUAAUAAAUAAUUUUUACCAGCCUGAACAGUUCAAUUCAGAAAGAAGCGGAUAUAAUAUAUCAUAUCGUCCUGUAUAA